ACUCCAGGCCAGACACCAUGCCAGACACCAGGCCAGACACCAGGGACUACCACAGAGAUGCCAGUGAAGUGAGUGGUAAAGAGUGUCAGCGGUGCUGUGACCCUGGAGACGAGGUCCCUACUCAGUAUGCCAACCCCCAGUACCCACAACACUGCCCACAGUACCAGGUGGUGCCACAGAUCAACAUCACCAUCCUCAAAGGUGAGAAGGGGGACAGCGGCCAGCGAGGACCCUACGGUAAAUCCGGCAAGUCCGGCCAGUCCGGCCCCCGUGGGCCCAACGGUAUCAAAGGGACCAAGGGGAGCGUAGGGAUCCAGGGUGAACAAUGCAAGGUCCAGUACGCUGCCUUCUCUGUGGGCCGCAAGAAGGCCAUCCACUCCAACGACUAUUACCAGACUUUAGUGUUCGACACUGAGCUCGUCAACCUCUACGGCCACUUCAACAUGUUCACCGGCAAGUUCUACUGCUACGUGCCGGGGAUCUAUUACUUCAGCCUGAACGUGCACACGUGGAACCAGAAGGAGACGUACGUGCACGUGAUGCAUAACGAGAGGGAGGUGGUGAUCCUGUACGCCCAGGCCAGUGACCGGAGCAUCAUGCAGAGCCAGAGUCUAAUGCUACAGCUGGAAGGAGAGGACCAGGUGUGGGUCCGGCUGUUCAAAGGCGAGAGGGAGAACGCCAUCUUUAGCGACGACUUUGAUACCUACAUCACCUUCAAUGGACACCUCAUCAAGCCCAAAAGCGAGGGGUAAGGGGGAAGGGGACGGUUGGGUGUGUGUCCCAAAUGGCACCCUAUUCCCUAUAUAGUCCACUACAUAGGGAAUAGAAUGCCACUUCGGACGCAUACGAGAAGGAGACCACAUCUGAAGAAGAUUGGUUCACAGUUCGUAGAAGAAUAUCUCCCUCAUUUUCUUAUUGUGUCUUUUUAUGUGUGUUGUAAUAACUGUAUUUUAAUCCAGAUAUUAAAAGAGAUAUUGACUUACUUUGAGAAGUCAACAAAGCUAAGUGUUAAUUUGGUAAAAACAUGUUGCACACACAUCCUGAUGAAGAUUGAUGAUCGUUCGGAAGUUUUUUCAGGAAACAGCCAAACAGAAUCAAUUCAAGAUGGCCUCUGUUGUGUUGUUGAGUUGAACAACCCACAGCCGAGCAGUAUCGGUGCUGAGGGUGCUGCAGCACUCCCUGAUAAAUAAAAACAUAUAAUAUUAAUAUAUAUUCAAAUAUAAAAAAUGAUAUGUAUUUCUCCCACCAAAUUAGUGCACUAGGCCUUUAUUACUCCUGUAUGAGAGGAGAGCAGAGCGAAGAAAAAUACUCCUCAGGGUUGGGACGUCCCAAGGAUCACGGAUAGCACUAACCCUCAGGGUUGGGACGUCCCAAGGAUCAUGGAUAGCACUAACCAUGUUCAAAGUGCCUUGAGGGUGUGAAACAUCGUCCUGCAGCCAUUACAUUCUUACAUUACUGCUUUCACUUUUGGCCAGUAAAUCUUAAAAAGUACACCAGGACUCCCGGCAACACUUAGAAUGGAUCCCAAAUGGCACCCUAUUCCCUAUAUAGUCUCAUAAGGUUCUAGUAAAAGAUAGUGCACUAAAUAGGGAAUUCCGGAAUGGUGCUAUUUGGGAUGCAAACCCUUUAUGAAUUGUGAUGCAAAGUAUUAUAAUUCGUAUCAACUUUGCCCUCAGAUAAACCAUAUGUUGUUGUUUUUAUCGCACUGCUUUGCUUUAUCUUGGCCAGGUCGCAGUUGUAAAUGAGAACUUGUUCUCAACUGGCUUACCUGGUUAAAUAAAGGUGAUCAAAAAAGAGCACUUCUCAUAGCUUUCAGAUGUAGAGAUAGAGAAUCUUUUUUUUAGUUAGACAUAGAUUGCAUUUAUAUUACACUGUAAACACAUCCAUUUAAAUUUCAAUAUCUUUAUUGUCAAUUUCAAUUCAAUAGAUCUUUAUUGUUCCCAGUGUAACAAAGUUAUAUACAUACAUAUCAUAAAACAUGUCAUGCAAUAACCUGGACUAGAUAAAGCAUGGCAUAGCUGUACAUUCAUUCACAUAACUGCAUUCUUGUUGUUCGGUGACUGUGGACAUUCAAAACAUGUAAGCAAACUUUUCUGUAUGUCUGGGUUAUUGUACUAGCGUGGGCCAGCCCUUCUUUGAAAUUUGAAAUGAAAAACCCGGGACUCAUAUUGACAAUGGAUGCGUCCCAAAUGGCACCCUAUUCCUUAGAUAGAGCUCUGGUCAGAAGUAGUGCAUUAUGGACCCUGGUAAAAAGUAGUGCACUACAUAGGGAAUAGGGUGUCAUUUGGGGCGUUGACAAUAUUAUUUAAUUGUGGAUGUCACCUAGCAUGUAUAAUAAAACAAUAGGACCAGCUAUACUGAACGUGAGCGCAAAAUCAGACACACAUACAAUAUUUAUACAUGGAGCUUUUACUUGUUUAAUGGUGCUGUUUAGAUGAUAGAUGAGAAACAAUCCAUACAGUAUAUAUUGGAUUGUAUUUUGCAAAGUGUUUGAAAUAUACUGAUAUGCUUUUUUAUUGUUAAAUAUUGUAAUUUCAAGUGUAACAUCAGUGGUGAAAAAAAGAUCUACCAAAAUCAUAUCAAGUUCGACAUAAAAUGAAAGAAGAUUUUUAGAAUGUCAAGGAUGGUUUCCCAAUAUUCUGUUUAUACGAGUUGACGUCCUCACUAUUGGCCUCCAAGGCCAGGGCCCCAUUCCAAACCAAACCCUCACACCCUAUCUCUUGGUCCUAGUUGGGCCUUGUCCCAAACCAAACCAUCACACCAGAUCCAUGGGUCCUACUUGACUUCUCCUCAUAGCUUUUGAAUGAAAGGUCGUUGCAGGUCAAGUAAUUUAUGCUGAACAAAAAUAUAAACGUAACAUGCAACAAUUUAAAAGAUUUUUCUGAGUUACAG